GAAUUAGAAUGUAAACUGCACUCAAGCAUUUAAGUUUGAAUUCUUCUUUUGAGUCACUGUUGUCGUUGUUGUUUUCGAUCAAUUUUGUUGCCUCUUAGUGUCCUCACUUCAAUUCCUGGUCGUUAGAAUGGCGUUUUCAAGACCUGUCUGGCCAUAUGGCAACUGGAAAGAUAAGGAUAAGCACAAAAUCCAGGGCUGUCCCCAUCUUCUUCUGCCUCGCGAUGUAAGAUCCAUCCUUUCCAAAUCAUCAAGAAAACGAACAUCUUUGUUUCAAAACCUGGAAUCUUCUAUGGAAAUGGACGAGACAGAAUUUAAAAACGUACGCGACACAUUUUUCAAGAUGAUUGAGGACGCUUUAGUUGAUCUUCAAAAAUCAUAUAAGAUUUUCGAGAACAGCUACUUAAAUCUUGUUGGUAGUUCGGCAGAAAAUACCAAAAUUGGAAAACCGGAUGAAUUUGAUUUUACUGUUAUUCUUCCAAGGUUGGCCAACCCGGAUUUUUUUUGUCGAGGUAGGAGAAAACAAAACCAAGCAUUCUUAGAGUUGUGUGCUGACCUUCACCUUAAUGGUCCAGACAGGUUUGCAGAUGACAUUCACCACCUAUUAAAAGGUCUUAUGUCCGCUAGUUUGAUUGAAAACCUUGCGCCAGGAUGGAAGUUUGUAAUCACAGGGUGCAAUAUUUUCGAACGAAAGGUGGCAGACACUUACCACUUUACUCGGAGCAGCGAUUCGUUUGACGUUGACGUAAAUGUCUGUUUUCUUAUUCCUUUCUCAAAAGAGACAAUACUGCUGCACUUGAAUGAUUUUAAGCUUGAAAACGGUCAGCUCAUUCAAAGCGAGGCAGAUGAGAGAGGGCUUCUCUACGUACAGCUUCCGAGAGGGUUCGAAGUCAGAUUUACCUCAUCUCACUUGGAAAAGAAUGCAUUUGCUUCUUUCGGAAGAAAUUCAGCUCAGACACGAACAUAUCGUUUGGUUAAAUGUAUCGCCAAAGUUUUACUCCCUAAAAUUGAACAAAAGUAUAGGUGUUGUCGUUGUAGAGAGCCAAUCUUUGCUUCGUUUUAUUUGAAGAAUAUUGUUCUUUUCCUUUGUGAAUAUUACAAAAAAGAUGAACAUUGGCAAGAAGAAAAUAUUGGAAGCAGAGUGAUAGAAGUAUUUCUUAUUCUAAACCAUUGUUUUUCAAAAGAUUUCCCAUGUAUUUCUGGCUAUUUCUUCCCUGUGACUUACAGCGUGAAUGAGUUGUUUGUAUACCGACCGCAAACCAGGUACCUUAUAUCUGAAUCUGAAGACAUCCAUUUCGUGGAUGAGAGUAAGUUAACAGAAAUAGAAAAGACGUGCGAGGAGGCAGUAUAUUUUGAUUUAAACGAAUAUUUGUUCCAAAUGCAAAGUAGGCGAAAAGAAUGUUCUAUCAAAAAUUUGUUUGAAAGCAAUCGGUGUUUGGAAAGAGUUCAGUUUCGCCGCAGUCAUGACCCGGAAGAAAUUAGAUUUGACCCAGGAAAAAGCGAGGCUGGGAGAGUAAGAGAUUUCCCGAAAAACCUCUCAAGAGAAACUCGUCACGACGAUAAAGCCCAGCAUCGCUGUUUUCUCCCCGAGGUCGAAAAAAUAUGUCAACUUACUGAAGAUGAUUCUUUUCAUAAAAAGGUUAGAGAGUAUGUUGAACGCUUAGAGACAACAGAAUGGAAUUAUAAAGAUGUUUUACAAGGAGUUGUCGAUCUAUUGCUUGAAUUGUGAUGAAGUGAAUUGAACUGAA